UUUCUAACCCAUGCGCGCUACGAGCUUUCAGCUUCAGACUCUCCGUGUUCAGACUUAUCGUGUGAGUCGUGAGGUGUGACACAGCUGUACAACCUAUACUUUUUUGUUUCGAUCGUAAAUACUGUACAGCUCGUGGAUCGUAGAUCGAAUUCGUGAAGUAACAUCGCCGAGCUGAAAAAUAAUCGUGUUCGCUAUGUCUCAAGAGAAAGCAAGCGGAAAAAGUCGCGGGUAUCGCAACAAGAAGAAGGUAAACAUUGGUGACAAAGGAAGAGAAGUCGUGGAGAACAUAAAAGAAGACAAUUUGGUUUUACAACUCUUCGGAGCGUACGCGACUGAGUUAGACGACAGGCACGAUCGUUACGAGAGAAUUGUAAAAAUUGGCAGAGAUAUCACUAUCGAAAGCAAGAGAAUCAUUUUUCUUUUGCACAGUAUAGAUAAGAAAAGUAAGCAGGAGAGCGUACUGGCCGAGGCCGAGUCGAGAUUGAGAGCUGUUGCUGAGAAUAAUUUUAAAGCGAUCGCGCGAGAAUUAGAAGGUCAGGACCCAUACUUUUAUUUGAAAGCUUAUCGUAACGGUUCGGAGGAAUACGUGGAAGCUCUCACGUUUUUCCAAUACUUGAGCAAUAGCGAUAUGGGAGGUUGGGUAGAAUUGAAAAAUGCCCUUAGUUACAUAGAUUCUGAAAAAGGUGAAGCGAAAAGUUUCCAGGCUUUAGUCACACCGUCCGAAUAUAUCUUAGGCAUUGCCGAUUUGACCGGGGAACUAAUGAGACAAUGUAUCAACAACUUGGCGCUAGGAGAAAGUGCUAGUUGCUAUCAGACGCGGAAUUUCGUUCGGAACGUGUAUAAGGGGUUUCUCGGUUGCUCGAAUUCAUCGAGCAAAGAGAUAAACAGAAAAGUUUUCACGCUUAAACAGAGUCUUCAAAAAAUAGAAAACGUUUGUUACACGAUUAAAGUAAGAGGAUCAGAAAUACCGAAGCAUAUUCUCGUGGACGUGGCUAUCGAGGACAUAGAGAGCGACGAAGGGUAUCAACCAUAUUAAAUAUAUACAUGAAUGUCGUAUGAAACAUAAAUACAGUCGUAGCUCGUCCAUUACUGUGCGAUUAUUCGUAAAUGAAAAGCGUAUAACAGCAGUGUCGUUGUCAGUAUUUUCUCAUGAAAAAUGAACAUAUUGUCUAAGUUUAAAGGUGUACAAAGUUUUGUAAACUGUACGAUUUUUAUACUUUUAUUUUCUUACGUUAAC